AAAUCAUAGAUUUAUUGGAAAAACAGGACGAACGGUGACAUAUGAAGAUAUAAUUAAUGCAUAGGGUUGCUGUUGACAUGUCAAGUGAUGUGAAUCAAUCACUAAACAUAACGCACAUGGUUAACUAUCACCUCCGACAAUUUACUCAGCUUGGCCAAUAUUGGCUUUUAAAUCUUCCAGAACCCAUAUCAAAUAUUGAAACAAAACUUACAAUCUCUUUUUUUAGAUUUCUAUCUUAGAGUUAUACGCACAAUUAAGCGUAUUUUUCUUAACACAUAAAGGUUGACUAGUAAGUAUUAUACUUGUUGUCUCCAAAAGGAACGGUAUUUUCAAAGAAUGUCUACUCCUGUUAAAGUCGUUCCAGACUGGCAUUGUACACAAACUUUUCUCUCACUUUAGACGUUUUAUAAAGGACAGCAUCCAGUGCCGGUGUCUCUAUUGCACACCAAUACCAUGACUGCCACUCGCAGAAACCAGUCUCAAUAGCUUUAAUCAGUUUAGCUCCGUCUAAGCAAGGGUUAAGCCAUACAUUUAAAAUCAUUGUUGGUGAGCUUAGUCCUCUUGUAAGUGACGAUUAGGCAAAGCACCAGUUGAUGUUCUUGAUAUCCUCGGAAAAGGUUACCAACUAAUCAUGGAUGUACAGGGUUAUGGAAUGGCGAGACAAGCAGGUUGCUGUUAUAAAGGACAGUUAAAUUAGUGGCGACUUAUCACGGUGUUGGUGACAGUGAGUGCUACGAGUAGUAGACCCGAGGCCGGGAGGACGGCGACAACUAGAAAGCGCUGACAGAAAGUAGAAAAAUCUUCUAAAGCAUACGAAUGAAAUUUUGAGGGAAUUAUGGCUUUAGGAAUACAGUGUGUCGAUAGCCUCGCAAUGAGGUUCAGCUUACACGGGAUUGAGGAUCCGUAUGUGAGGAAAUCCAGCUUUUGCUUCUCGUGGUCUGAGCCGUUUGACUUGGAUUCAGUGGCCGGAAAGUUAACAAACCCAAAACGUAGCCACAGUCUUCCAUCCAAACUAACUACAAAGAAACAGGACGAAAGGAAAAUCGAACGAGAGACUUUUCAAGAGAGACAGAUAUUACGAAAUCAGACAUACGAAGGAAAUUUGUUAAAAAGAGCAAGUUUGGAGAUCUCCCAAAUUUGGAAGCACCAAACGAGGCCUUGUGUUAAAUAUGCAAAUGCUACUACAAGCAAAGACAUUGACUCCUUCGAGGAAGAGUCAUCGGACGAGGAAUUAUGCGAACUGAUGGCAGAGAGAGAGAAUAUUCCAGUCACGCACGAAUUAGGAAAACGGAGUUACGACAUGGACGCCAGGAAAGUCGAAAUGUGUGAGAAAAGAUCGAUGGAGCCGGUGAGACGGAAACGGUACUUAGAGGAGCUCGAAACCUCACCGGGUAACGAGAUAAAGCGGCCAAGACCCAGGCUUGACUUUGAAAAGGUUCGACUUUCCCGCACAAACUUGAUCGAGAAAUCUGCUGCAGUAGAAACGUUUGCACCCAUAAUAGCAUCGGACUCGGAAGACUGAAUAACACUUUAAUCACACGAAAAUUCAGCGGUUGUACCCAUUCGUCACAUAAUCUAUAUAUAAAGAUAUAACUUCAUAAUUCGAAUCGAAAAAAAUUCAAAAUUUCAAAAAAUAUAGAUAUUUAUAUAUAUGGUAGCUUUAUUACAAGUCUAGGAAAUUUCGUAUAAUUUUUAUUAAUCUUUGUAUACAAAGGUUUAUUUGCUUUCAGAAGAGUUUAAUUUUGGUCAGUCAGAAACGUGAGCGGCGGGGAUAGAAACAUGGAUCUUCAAGACCGGCAGGGGAUAUUGCGGUUAGCCGCCUGUUCGCGUCGAUUUAAGAUUUGGCAAACACAUGUAAAAUACUACACUCAAACAAAUGUAUAGUCUUGAAAUUUAUUCAGAAACAUUGAAAACACAUUUUUUCAUAACAAUUCCCAGUGCUUCCAAUUAAUACAGUCAUUAUUGGAAACACCGCGAAGAUAAAUCCGCAAUAACAUUUUAAGCGCGAGGGAAGUUUUUAUUCUAGGGCAUUAAAAACUGGACAGGAAGUUAAAGUGUAGAAUAGAUAGAAAUACAUUACCACCCACGGCUGUAAAAGCCACUGAUACAAAUAAAAUAUGCAGUUACCAA